UUCUCCCCCUUAUUUCCUGCCAAAGGGGUACAGAGGCGGAUGGGAGGUUGAAAUAAGAAGGGAGCUGCUUGGGAUGGUGAGAGGGAAGCCUCAGAAGCAGCCCGAGAGGACCCGUUUCAGACAGCUGGUGACAAGACCCAAGGAGCCCAGUUCCUCUACCCGACUUCAUAAGAUGGGGCCAGGGAGAGUCUUCAUUCUGAUUUUCCUCGCAGAGACCGCCCGCUGUUCCAGAGAAGAUUUGGAGAUUAUUCCAAGCACGGGGGAUGUGGAAUUGGGCAAGAAGUCAUAUUUUCUCUGCAAAGUGAGAAAUGGUGGGGAAGCUACGUUGACGUGGCUUGACCCCAAUGACAAUGAAAUUGAUGCUGAUUCAGAGCCCUACUAUGAGAAAGCUGUUGAUGAACUGUCCAAGGGGCUGGAGAUGACCCUCUGUGACCCAAAUCUGGGAGGAAUCUUCACAUGCGCAGGGCAAUUUGAUCAAUCUGGAGCUACUGCUAGAGCCCAGAUUAGAAUCCGUGUGAUCGAGAGACCCACAUUUGUGACCCAAAUGGAGCCUGUGAAGGAAGUUCUUGAGGGCACCCAGGUGGAUUUCAACUGCCAGGCUAAAGGCAUCCCACCACCAAUGGUCAGGUGGAUCUUUCAGAAUCAAGCUCUCAGUAAUACUGGCGAUGGACGAAUCUCCGUUGAAAAUGGAGCACUGGUGAUAGAGAAAGUCCAGCCCUCAGAUGCUGGCGUCUACAGCUGUGAAGCCAGCAUUAAAGAGCGGAAUGAAGUGGCUUUCACAAAUGUCUCUCUCAAUGUUAAAUUUCAUGCCAACAUCACAGGAGGAUAUUUCUGAACUUCUCAUAACAGC